GCCGCCAUGGCGUCCAGCCCUCCCCCCACCUUCCUCCGUGAGGCCGAGCUCCGUCUCCUGCGCUGCACCCUCCCCGCCGCAGCCUCCCGACCCCCGGUCCCUUCACCUCCCCCACUCCACCCGCUCGGCCCCGUCGCCGCCUCCGCCCUUGCCGCUGUCGAGCUCGGGGACUACGCGGCUGCGCUCGCCUCCGCUGUCCGGCACAUCCUCCGCGCCUCUGCCUCAACCGAGGCUGACCAUGACUCCCCUGCACAGUUCUACGGCCACCUCGCUGCCGCUGUCCAGGCGUUCCUCCUGGGGGAUGUCGGAGGGGCGGUGGACGAGGGGUUCCAGUGCAGGUGCGCGCUUGUUCUCUCCGCAGCGGUGGCGGCGCUGCUCGCAUUCACGCAGCACAACGUGACAGGGCCUUCAAGAAAAUAUUCACCCUCAUCAUUGGAGGAAAGGUGGUAUAGUGAUCCUGGCGGCAAAUGGGAGGCAUGGGCUUCUCAUCAUUUAGCUUCUUUUGGUUCCCAUGUUCACGGGAAAUUCUCGCUCUUGCAGUUCAUUGUCUUUGCGGAACUUCUGUUGACAAGCAUAAAGAGUCUGGACUCUGAUUUUUGGAGUGUGUCAUGGUGGCUGUGCAGAUUAUCCAUGUCCCAGCAGAAUAUUCUAGAUGAGCUAUCAUCCUCUUUGUUUGAUCAAGUACAGGUGCACAAAAAUAAAAUGUUGACCCACUUUGGUGAACUUGAAAGGGUUUCUAGCUACUGGGGUUCUUUCUUAUGUGAUGGAGAAGGCGCUUCUUUAGUCACAACUGCUCUUUUGGAAGCUGGACUUGCAGAGUAUAAGUAUGGCUGGGUUGAUGCUUCAAGGUUGCAUCUGGAUAGUGCUCAAGAGGCAUGUGGGAUUCAUCUUUCUCUCACAGGGAUUCUUGGUUUUCGGACAGUGCACCAGGUGGAUGCGAAGUCCCAAAUGGUACUUAUUGCGAAGACCACUAAACCAGCAGCUGAUGAGGGGCAAUCAACAGAACUAACAGGAGCUCCGGGUGAUGUUUUGGCUUUGAGAAAGACGAGGAGCUCUGUUCCUGGUGAAAGUGAUGAAUUUUGUGAUAUACUAAGAACGCCUUUGCUAGCGCAAGAUGUUAAUGACUCAAAUAGUGGAAGCACACAAAUAUUACUAACUCCGGUCCAGCAGGCUGCUGUACUUGCACAAUGUUUACAUGUGAGUCGGAGGAGUCGGAGUGAUGAAAUGUCUGGAUGGGAGAUGGCACCAUACAUAGAGUCAAUUGAUUCUCAAGAUGAUUCGUGCUACGUGGUCAGGAGCUUGUGUGAUGUUCUGCGUAUUAGGUGGGAGUCCACCCGCAGUCGGACAAAACAGCGUGCACUGUUAAUGAUGGAGAAUUUGGUUGAAGAUAUCAGCAAAGAAUUUCCAGUGGCUUCAGAAAGAGCCAGAUUGGUUUUUGCAGUCCAUAUGCCGACUCUUCCUGCAUUAAGGAAAGAAUAUGGUGAACUGUUGAUAAGUUGUGGUUUACUUGGAGAAGCUCUAAAUGUUUUCAAAGAUCUUGAAUUGUGGGAUAAUCUCAUCUAUUGCUAUCGAUUAUCGGGCAAAGUUGCUGAUGCAGUUAGUCUAAUAAAUACCCGUCUCUCCAUUACACCCAAUGACCCAAAAUUAUGGUGUUCACUUGGUGAUGCUACAAAUAACGAUGAUCAUUAUAAGAAAGCAUUGGAAGUCUCAAAUAACAAAUCCGCUCGAGCUCUGCGUUCUCUGGCUCGUAGUGCGUACAACAAGAAUGACUUCUAUACAUCCAAAAUUCUUUGGGAAUCUGCAUUGGCAUUGAAUUCAUUGUAUCCAGAUGGCUGGUUUGCCUAUGGUACAACUGCAUGGAAGGCUAAAGAUCUUGAGAAGGCUUUGGAUGCUUUUAGUCGUGCUGUGCAGAUAGAUCCUGAAAAUGGAGAAGCAUGGAACAAUAUAGCCUGCCUGCACAUGAUUAGAGGGAAGAGCAAAGCGUCAGUCCAGUCAUUCAGGGAAGCUGUUAAGUUCAAGAGGAAUAGUUGGGAAGUUUGGGAAAAUUACAGUACGGUUGCUUUGGAGACAGGCAAUAUUCAACUGACGCUUGAAGCUACCAAAAUGGUAUUAAAUUUGUCCUUCAACAAGCGCUUCAAUGUUGAUUUAUUGGACAAGGUGAUGACCAUCCUCGAAGAACAAGUUAAACAUCUGAGUGAUACUCAAGAAGCUAAUUCCAUAGGCAACACAUCAGAUGAAUCAAAUAAAGACACCAGGCAGUCGAGCCAAUUAUUAGACAUGAUUGGUGAUAUCCUUAAGCAGAUUGUAGAAACUGGGUCUAGCAUUCCGGAGAUAUGGGGAUUAUAUGCUAGAUGCCAUAAGAGGAAGGGCAACCUCAAGAAAUGUUCAACAGCUUUGCUCAAUCAAGUUCAAUAUCUCCAGGGUUCAGAAUUAUGUCAUGACCAUAAGAAGUUCAAGAAGUUCGCUCAAGCUUCUUUGCAGCUUUGCAAGUUCUACAUGGAAAUUUCAUCCACGGCAGGAAGCAAGCGAGAAUUAUUGUUAGCUGAGAUGCAUCUUAAAAGCUCCUUGAAACAGGCAAUGGACUUCGAAGGUACAGAGGAAUAUAAAGAACUUGAUGAGUGCCUUGUUCAAUUAAAGGACCUGAUUGGUGCUGCCUAUACUUCUUGAGGUAGAUUUGAGUUUUCUUAUCUUAGAUCCGACUUGUGAUUCAAUCAAGGGUACUUGGUCACACAAGCCUGAUUGGUGAACACUUGGUUCCGUUGAUGAGCAUCUUCAUAUGUCAGCUGAUGGUUUAAGUGGAUUUCGGGAGCCAUCAACCCAGCAUUUCUCCAGGAAAGCAAGAAAUGUUAAACUGUGGUUCAGAAAUAAAUCAGAUGGUUCAAACUUUUUUGUUACACCGUGUUUGGGUGUAAAGAAUUGGCUUUAGAAUCGCGGAAUCUGGAAUUGGGGUCAGUUUCCACCGUUUGGAAUGGCCUAAGAAUUUGAGUCCGGAAACGCGACGAGAUUCCGAGGUACCGCUUCGCUAUGUGCGAACCGUCCACGAGUCUUUCCAAGGGUUGGAGCUCGGAAUCGCGUGGAAUCUGUCUGCCCGCCCCACCCGCGCAUACCCUUUCGUCCUGAGAGAUAGAGAGGAGCGAGCGACUUCCCCUGCUUCCUCCCGACGCUCCUGAAGCGCCCGACACCCACCAGUGGCAGUGCUAGGUUCACCCCCUCCUCUUCUCCCUUUGACUUGCCUCCCUCCCCUGGCCCUAUCCCCUGGGCGCCCCUUCGUGCGGUUCCAUCUAUGAAGAAAUAUUUUGAGAUGUCAUGUCUUGCUCUAAGAAGCUAGAAUAUUUUCGGUACUUCAAAACUAUUUUGUGUCA